AUGCCUUCCACAGACAGCAUACCAAAGUCAAAUUUCGACUCGAUCCCUGAUGUGAUCCAAGCAUUCAAAAACGGCGAGUUCGUAGUCGUGUUAGAUGACCCGUCCCGCGAGAACGAAGCCGACCUGAUCAUCGCGGCCGAGUCGGUCACGACAGAACAGAUGGCGUUCAUGGUGCGGCACUCAUCGGGUCUGAUCUGCGCCCCGCUGACCGCGGAGCGCACCACGACGCUCGACCUGCCGCAGAUGGUGACGCACAACGCCGACCCGCGCGGCACCGCCUACACCGUGUCGGUCGACGCCGAGCACCCGUCCACCACCACCGGCAUAAGCGCGCACGACCGCGCCCUGGCCUGCCGCAUGCUCGCUGCCCCCGACGCCCAGCCCUCGCACUUUCGCCGCCCCGGCCACGUCUUCCCGCUCCGCGCCGUCGCCGGCGGCGUCAGGGCCCGCAGGGGACACACCGAGGCCGGUGUGGAGCUGUGCAGGCUCGCGGGAAAGAGGCCCGUCGCGGUCAUUUCCGAGAUUGUCGACGACGGGGUGGAGGUGGAAGGGAGGGCGGUGCGUUCGGCGCCGGGAAUGCUGAGGGGUGACGAGUGUGUGGCUUUUGCGCGGAGGUGGGGCCUCAAGGUCUGCACCAUUGAGGAUAUGAUUGCCUAUGUGGAAAAGACGGAGGGGAAGCUUGAGACGAAUGGGUCGGGUUGA